CUGCCCCAAUCGAAAUACCCUCGUUCACGCCGUUAGGUUCAUUCCCUUCACAACGUUCAACAGAAAGAAGAGCUGCGACCCUUCUCCUAUCUCCGCUCCAGAUUUCCUAUCGCCAGCGCCGGCUACGGCUACUGCUCCUUCAUCUGGAAUUAGACUCCCAACUCUUUUCUUCACAACACCAUGCCUAGAUUCUUGGCUAAUUUGGCAACAAAACUCAAUUUUCCAAAAUCAAAUUCGUUAAAAUUUGCAAGUCCUAUACAUUCCAUUACUCGAAAGGAGUUCGAGUUCGAGCGAGGCCCCACCACCGGACCCACCACCAGUCCAAACCAACAACCCCCGGUCAGAACCGGUGGUGGUGGAGGCUACUUUGACGGUCUGAGCCGGAGAUUUUCCGGCUCAGACCGCCCGAUUGAACCGCUUCGGUUCAAUCGGGACACUCGGCCGUUCACUCGCGACGUGAACUUUGUCCGAGGAAUAAUGAAGGACAAUCCUUCAUCCGGAAGCGAGCACAACGCGGAUAUCGUCCACAUCAAACUAAUGAGGAACAACACGUUUGUGACUGUGACGGAUUCAAAGGGGAAUAAGAAAAUGGGGGCAUCGGCGGGAUGUUUGGCGGAAAUGAAAGGUGGGCCCAAGGUGUCAAAAUAUGCGGCUGAAGCAACAGCUGAACAUGUGGGACGUGUGGCCAAAAGUAUGGGAUUGAAGUCGGUUGUUGUGAAGGUUAACGGGUUUACUUUUUUUAAAAGGAAGAAAUUGGCGAUUUUGGGGUUUAGAGAUGGAUAUACGCAUUCCAGAUCAGAUAGGAAUCCGAUUGUGUAUAUCGAGGAUACCACUAGGAAGCCACAUAACGGGUGUCGACUCAGGAAACAGCGACGUGUGUAAUGAGGUGUUUGUGUUUUUCUGUUGAUUUGAAUUUUGAUGGCUUUUUUAGCACCAUUGAUGAUGAUGUGUAGCUUCUUUUGAGAUGUUUUUAUCUUAAUAAUUAUGGCAAGAUUACUCAUUAGGAGGAAUUGACUUGAAUGAUUGGUUACUUUAUGUAUUUAUAGGCUAUCCUUAUUUCA